AUGGUAGGUUCAAAGCUAUCAGGCAAUUUGCGGACCACCGGAAAAUCCACAACGGUUCUCAUCGAGUCUUUCCAGAGGAAGACAACGGUUCUUAUAGCUCUAUGCAUCAAGCAUGUUAACCAACUAUUGAAAAAAAUGGAACCGAAAAGUAUCAGCCCGAGUUUGGUAUCGAAAUCUAUAUCGGAAUUUUUAUCAACAUCGCAAAAGCAGAUCCAAUCUACUGUUCGGGUAAAGGUAAUUCCGUUUCUUCAGAAGAAAAGAUUAAUUGGUGACAAUAAACGGUCUGCAGGGAAAGAUGUUUUAUGGCAAAAGAGCAUAAUGAUGGGUGAGAAGUGUCAGCCACCUGAUUUUUCUGGUGUAAUUUACUACGACAGCCAAGGGCAUCAGGUUGGAGAGAUGCCAAGGUCACCGCGAAGUGCUCAGAUGCAGAAUUUUUAUGAUUUUCCAUUUGCUGUUAAUGGAAAUAAGUACUUAUAUACUGCUGUCCUAUAA